CUAUACUUUUGUGUCCCAGCUGAGUAACAGGAGGAGAAGAGUCUGGUGGAGCAGCAGAGGAACAGUUUCAGCCAUUUGGACUCAGCUCAGCCACUACAGAGGAAACAAUGACUUCAACACAGGAGGACCAACAUGGAGCAAGAAGUCAGGACUCUCAGGAGGCUGAUGAACUUCAAAGACAGAAAAGAGAAAAGAAAUACACCUGUGAGGAGUGUGGGAAGGAUUUUAGCCGUUCUGGCAACUUAAAAACACACCAAUUCGUCCACAGUGGACUUAAACCGUACAUCUGUGAUUGUUGUGGUAAAGCUUUUAAUCACAGAAGCCACUUACGACGUCAUCAAGUUAUUCACUCUGGAAUGAAAGCGUACAGCUGUGAGUUGUGUGGUAAAGCUUUUGCUGACAAUGGAAGUUUACAGAGUCAUCUAUUUACCCACUCUGGAGUUAAACCAUACAGCUGUGAUCAGUGUGGUAAAGCUUUUGCUCAUAGUAGAAGCUUAAAGAGUCAUCUAGUUACCCACUCUGGAAUUAAGGCAUACAGUUGUGAUCAGUGUGGUAAAGCUUUUGCUUGUAGUAAGUACUUACAAAGGCAUCUAGUUACCCACUCUGGAAUUAAGGCGUACAGCUGCGACAUUUGUGGAAAAACCUUCCGCUGGCCACUCAGCCGUAAUAUUCACCAACGCAUUCACACCAAAAAAGACUUUUGCUUCUGUGAUCAGUGUGGCAAAACCUUUGUGGCAUACAAAUAUUUACAGCAGCACAUGUUUAGCCACACUGAGGAGAGACCUCAUAAAUGUGACCUGUGUGAGAAGACUUUUAAAGAGCCACGUUCCCUGAGACAACAUCAACACAUUCACACCAGAAAGAAACUCUACAAGUGCACUUACUGUGAGAAGCAGAGCGACACAGAUGGAUCCAGUUCUCAACCCUGUCGUCGCUGUGGUGGUGGGAAAGCGUUUCAUUGUGACCUUUGUGGAAAAACUUUCAAUCAUCCAGAUAGCCUAAAACUACAUCAACGUAGACACACUGGAGACAACAUGAAUUACUGCAAAGAGUGUGGGAGAGGCUUCCCCACAUCAAGUGAAUUAAAAAAACAUUAUCUUUAUCACAGUGGGGUUAAAAACCACGUCUGUGACCAGUGUGGUUCAUCUUUCUUCACUGCAAAUCAGCUUAAAGACCAUAAAAGAGUCCACACAGGAGAGAAACCAUAUAAGUGCAGACACUGUGACAAAAGCUUCUCAAGUUCAGGCCAUCGUAAUGUUCAUGAAGAUGCACACAUUGAAGGGAACUUCAGCUGUGACCAGUGUGACAAGAGCUUCAAGAAUCUCAGUUCAUACUCCGCACACAAACGAUCCCACGCUGUAAAUAAACAGUUUCACUGUUACCAAUGUGCAAAAACGUUCACUUCAUUAUCUGCUCUGUGCAAACAUCAGCGUGAUCAUGCAUGACUGAAAUCACUGGAUCACAAUGAAUCUGACGAGACAGAAAGAUCCUCUUCUGGUUUCAGGGUCAGACUUAAACACCUUGAGAUCAGGCUCCACAGAGUUCAGCUGGAGUCUCCUGUAGAGAGUGCAGCUGAUGUCACACUUGGAUCUGAUGAGGUACCUCUGAUUUGGACCUGCAGUGAAUAAUCCUGGAUGUUAAACUAAGGAAGUUGCAAGUAUAGAUGUGUACAUCAAGUGUUUUCUUUUUUCUUUGAGAGAUUUUCAUUCUGUAAAAGAAACUUUAAUGUUGAAAAUGUUUGUCCUAUAGAAAAUAAGAGAGGAGUUGUUGAUUCUUGUUUAACUCUUAUCUGAAUAGCACUUACCUGAGUGCCUUGCCACCUGUUAGCCUACUUCCUAGGCCUUAUUCCUUGAAGAAAAGACUUCUCUGAAGAAGCACUUGUACCUGAGUCAAGUCAUUGUUUAAUCACUCACCUUCACACGUUCUUUAUUGUCAGAUGUCUGCAUAUUGCUGAUUAAACCUACUAAACAUUUU